CCGAUUCCUCAUGAGUCUAUUUCUCUAACAGUGUAGUAACUAUCGACAGUUGCCCGCGACCAGAACGAAAUGUUUUUAUCAGCAUUUCAAUGGUAACAGUUUGCCGAACCCCUCCACGCUUUGAAAGGCAGAGCCCGUAUCGUGAUUUGCACUGCGUCUUGUCACGAUUGGUUAGAUGGGACUCCACUGAGUUCAACUUUGUACGAAUGUAUCAGCCGAGAGGACCCGGGCAACUCCUAUAUAGGAGUGUCGCAAAAAUCUUCCAAAAUGAGCCUGAAAUAUGCAAACUUUCGGGCCUCCAGUAUGCAAAGUGCCACCCUUCCCAGUUCCGUGCCGCUGUCACGACCAAGCCCAGCAUGCUUCUGCAUCGCUAUUUCAAAGACAACGACGACCCCCGUAAUGUGGAGUGCCGAGUAUGCCACCUCCUCACUGGACAUGGCCACAUCGGCAGCUACUAUCACCGCUUUGUACCUGAGGAGUCUACCUCCUGCCGAUGCCAACAUCCUGGCAUCCAAACCCGCGACCACCUUCUUCUCGGCUGCCCGUCUUAUGUGCACGCUCGACGGCACCUUUUUCGCCCCAACAAAGACCCGCGCAUCCCGGACUUGUUUCGAUUCAAAGAUGCUUGGUCCACUCUGGCCGCUUUUCUUCGGGACAGCGAUGCCUGGACCAAGGCAUCUGUACUUUACGAUCCUGGUUAGGUUCUGACUCGGACGUGAUCUGUUCACACCUUUAUAUAUGCUCCUACCUAGGUAGUCCUACGUCAAACUUGUACCUAGACACACCCCCGACCGCCUUCGGCGGUAUAUAAAUUGUAUCAAAAAAAAAAAAAAAGUAUGCAAAGUGCGACAAGACCCGUGACUAUGUGACGUUCUGUAAUGAUAUGUCACGUCC